AACAAGAAGUGCGUAAACUUUUAUGAAUAUUUUCAUUUUGAUGUGGCCUGCUGGAGUUCCGGUCGAGGUGCCGUCUUACCUUUGCAGUCGUGGCAGAUCUACAUUCUGGGAUAGCUGUGUACCAAUAGCAUCGAUCCGGUUGCCCCGUCACGUGGGUUUCUAUUCGUAUUGGAACCCGCGCCAUCCCGUCCCUCCUGAGGCCGAUCUAGCUUACCAAGUGCAAAAAAUAUUACGUCAGCGGCUACGCCACUGGAACUACCUUUUCCCCACAGAUGUUGCAUGUUGUGGCCCACUUCUCGCCGUCGCGCACGUACUGGACGGCGCAUAAAUAGUAAUAGAACACAUCAUGCCCCCGCAACUACAUCUUCACAGGUAGUUUUGUUGCGUUGAUGGCGGCUUGACCAUGACUGUGGUCCUGCAUGAGAACAACUCCCCUGGCGGCGUAGCACAGAUUGACUCCUCAUGCAGAAAUACAGGACUUUGACUUUGAUGCUCGAAAGUCCAGAGGAGGGCGCACCAAAACUUAUUUGCAAAUGGUGGACCUGCUUAUUUCCACAGGACGUUGUUGUUGUUGAAAGCAUUCCUUCGAUUUUUUGCCCUGCAUACAUCUUGCUACACGUACACCUCCUGAUCUUGCCGUGCGGACGUCCAGAACAAGCAGGCACUGUUUUUACAACUACACCUUCUGAUUCUACUGUGCGGACGUCAACAAGCAGACACCAUGCGGCUGAGACAGG